CCAUGCUGUACCACCGAGUCGCGUGUAUCGCGUUCGUAGCCGCCGCCGUCGCGAUCGUCUCGCAAAUGUUAUCAGUUUUAUCGGUGUUGGAACCCAAGUUUGCAGAGCCUAUUCCAAACGUUACGAUACCCGUGGGAAGGGACGUUUCCCUGCCUUGUGUCGUCAGCAAUUUGGGAAAUUACAAAGUCGCCUGGAUCCACAUUGAUCGGAAGAUGAUACUCACAGUGCACAAACAUGUCAUCGCCAGAAUACCAAGGUUUAGCAUGUCUCACGACGGCCAGAAAACGUGGUUGCUGAACAUCAACGGCGUGAGAGCGUCGGACAAAGGCAUUUACAUGUGCCAAGUUAACACCGACCCGAUGAUCAGUCAAGUCGGUUAUCUGCAAGUGGUCGUGCCACCAAACAUUGUGGACGAUGAAAGUUCCACUUCAACUGUAGCUGUAAGAGAAGGCCUCAAUAUAUCACUUACAUGUAAAGCAAAAGGUAAUCCGGARCCAAGGAUUGUGUGGAAAAGAGAAAAUGGAUUCAAUAUAACUGUAGAUAAAAGGAAAAAAGGUAAAAAU